UCAAUCCCACCCCACCCACCAGUGUCCCGAAGAGCUGGGCGCGGGUCACCUGUAUGUGGGGUGCUCGGCACCCACUCCCGCGAGGCGGGCUUUCCAGACUUUGCCAGCCCGGGUCUGAGCCGCGAGCAGCUUUUCCUCCUAGACCUUGGGGCACAGUUACCCACCCCCCCGCAAGUGCAUCUGGGGCCAAGCAGGAGGAAGGAAUCUGGAAACGCUUGCCCCUGGCAGCCUUUUCAGGAGACCUUCCCUUCUCACGCGGGCCCCUGCUCAGCUGGCAAGAGCUUCGUAAUCGGGAUAUCAGUAUGAACAACAUUACUCAACUACCAGAAGAUGCAUUUAAGAACUUUCCUUUUCUAGAGGAGCUACGAUUGGCUGGCAACGACCUUUCUUUUAUCCACCCAAAGGCCUUGUCUGGGUUGAAAGAACUCAAAGUUCUAACGCUGCAAAACAAUCAGUUGAAAACAGUACCCAGUGAAGCCAUUCGAGGACUGAGUGCUUUGCAGUCUUUGCGUUUAGAUGCCAACCAUAUUACCUCAGUCCCCGAGGACAGUUUUGAGGGGCUUGCUCAGUUACGACAUCUGUGGCUGGAUGACAACAGCUUGAUGGAGGUGCCCGUGCAUCCCCUCAGCAAUCUGCCGACUCUGCAGGCACUGACCUUGGCUCUCAACAAAAUCUCAAGCAUCCCUGACUAUGCAUUUACCAAUCUUUCAAGCCUUGUGGUUCUGCAUCUUCAUAACAAUAAAAUUAAAAACUUGGGUCAGCACUGUUUCGAUGGACUAGAUAACCUGGAGACCUUGGACUUGAAUUAUAAUAACUUGGGGGAAUUUCCUCAGGCUAUUAAAGCCCUUCCUAGCCUAAAAGAGCUGUUAUUUCAUAGUAAUUCUAUUUCUGUUAUCCCUGAUGGAGCGUUUGAUGGCAAUCCACUCUUAAGAACUAUACAUUUGUAUGAUAAUCCUCUGUCUUUUGUGGGGAACUCAGCAUUUCACAAUUUAUCUGAUCUGCAUUCCUUAGUCAUUCGAGGUGCAAGCAUGGUACAGCAGUUCCCCAAUCUGACUGGAACCAUCCAUCUGGAGAGUCUGACCUUGACAGGCACCAAGAUAAGCAGCAUAUCCAGUAACUUGUGCCAAGAACAAAAGAUGCUUAGGACUUUGGACUUGUCUUACAACAAUAUAAAAGACCUUCCAAGCUUUAAUGGUUGCCAUGCUCUGGAAGAAAUUUCUUUGCAACGUAAUCAGAUCCACCAAAUAAAAGAAGGCACUUUUCAAGGCCUGAUAUCUCUGAGGAUUCUAGAUCUGAGUAGAAACCUGAUUCAUGAAAUUCACAACAGAGCUUUUGCCAAGCUUGGGUCGAUAACUAACCUAGAUAUAAGUUUCAAUGAAUUAACUUCAUUUCCUACGGAAGGCCUGAAUGGGCUAAAUCAACUGAAACUUGUUGGCAACUUCAAGCUAAAAGAAGCCUUAGCAGCAAAAGAUUUUGUUAAUCUCAGGUCUUUAUCAGUACCAUAUGCUUAUCAGUGCUGUGCAUUUUGGGGUUGUGACUCGUAUGCACAUUCAAACACAGAAGAUACCAGCCUCCAAGACCACAGUGUGGCAAAGGAUAAAGGUCCCACUGAUGCAGCAGGUGUCACGAGCAGUGCAGAAAAUGAAGAACAUAGUCAAAUAAUUAUCCACUGUACACCCUCCACAGGUGCUUUUAAGCCCUGCGAAUAUCUACUGGGAAGUUGGAUGAUCCGUCUUACUGUGUGGUUCAUUUUCUUGGUUGCGUUGUUUUUCAACCUGCUUGUCAUUUUAACAACAUUUGCAUCUUGUUCAUCACUGCCUUCCUCCAAAUUGUUCAUAGGCCUGAUUUCUGUAUCCAACUUAUUCAUGGGAGCUUAUACCGGCAUCUUAACUUUUCUGGAUGCUGUGUCCUGGGGCAGAUUUGCUGAAUUUGGCAUUUGGUGGGAGAUUGGCAGUGGGUGCAGAAUAGCUGGGUUUCUUGCUAUUUUCUCCUCUGAAAGUGCCAUAUUUUUAUUAAUGUUGGCAGCUGUCGAAAGAAGCUUAUCUGCAAAAGAUAUAAUGAAAAAUGGGAAAAGCAAUCAUCUCAAACAGUUCCGGAUUGCUGCCCUUUUUGCUUUUCUGGGAGCGGCAGUGGCAGGCUGUUUUCCACUUUUCCAUAGGGGGGAAUAUUCUGCAUCACCCCUAUGCUUGCCAUUCCCCACAGGAGAAACGCCGUCGUUAGGAUUUACUGUGACCUUAGUGCUAUUAAACUCAUUAGCGUUUUUAUUAAUGGCCAUUAUCUACACCAAACUUUACUGCAACUUGGAAAAAGAGGACCUUUCAGAGAACUCACAUUCUAGCAUGAUUAAGCAUGUUGCGUGGCUCAUCUUCACCAAUUGCAUCUUUUUCUGCCCCGUUGCAUUUUUCUCAUUUGCGCCAUUGAUCACUGCAAUCUCCAUCAGCCCUGAAAUAAUGAAGUCUGUUACUCUGAUAUUUUUCCCGUUGCCCGCUUGCCUGAAUCCGGUCCUAUAUGUUUUCUUCAACCCAAAGUUUAAAGAAGACUGGAAGUUACUGAAGCGACACAUUACCAAGAAAAGCGGAUCGGUUUCAGUUUCCAUCAGUAGCCAAGCUGGCUGUGUGGAACAGGAUUUCUACUAUGACUGUGGCAUGUACUCACAUUUGCAGGGUAACCUGACUGUGUGUGACUGCUGUGAAUCCUUUCUUUUGACAAAGCCAGUGUCAUGCAAACACUUAAUAAAAUCACACAGCUGUCCUGCAUUGGCAGUGGGUUCUUGCCAAAGACCAGACAGCUAUUGGUCCGACUGUGGCACACAAUCGGCCCACUCUGAUUAUGCAGAUGAAGAAGAUUCCUUUGUCUCCGACAGUUCUGACCAGGUGCAGGCCUGUGGACGAGCCUGCUUCUAUCAGAGUCGAGGAUUCCCUUUGGUGCGCUAUGCUUACAAUCUACCAAGAGUUAAAGACUGAAUUGAUGUGUUUGUAACUGUUUCCCCUAUCAACCAAAAUCAUAGCAUUUAUAGACUGAACCCUAGUCUGAUCUUUCAUCUGGGAAGCACUUCUGUGAUCACUGCCUGGUGUGUCACUUAGGAGGAGGAGGAGGUGGCAGUUUAUUUCUCAAACCAGACAUUUUCAGAGAACAAGUGCCUAAACUGUCAAUCAAUGAAAAAUGCAAUGUCCAAGCAAUGUGUGGUCUAUUUGGAACAAAUUUAUAACUUGAAAAAGAUUUUAUGUAUAUCAUAGCAAUAUAACGUUAGGUUUUCCUGAUCCGUAAGAAGCAAAUUUAUACCUGUUUCUACAUUAAGCACAAGAUGAAGAACAGCUGUUAAUAUUUUUUUAAGAAUAUUUUAAAAUGUGAUUUUAUGUAACGAAGAAAAAGUCUUGCUAAUUUUACCUAAUGUUGCAUCAUUAAUCUCAGGACAAACUUACUGCAGGGCCAAAAAAGGGAUUGCCUCCCAGGUAGAACUGUGAGAGUAGAAGGGUAGGCAUCAUCACCCUAUUGCAUUUUCGGGUCCCAUCUUUGACAUAAUAGAAUCAUAUAUUUUGUUUAAGUGACUUAUAAAUCUAAAACCUGAAGAUGUUUUUAAAACAAUAUUAACAACUGUUAGAUUUUAAAAGAAUAGCUGAACGUUUGUUUUCAGACAUGACGCAUCUCUUCGGUGCGAUCACAGUGAUUUUUUCCUCAAUGUCUUGUGACCACACUAGGAAAAAAGUAAAGGACUAAUCGUUGUGUGGGUUUGGUAGAUUUGGAUAAACUACUAACUAAUAUGGAAUUUUAACAGCAUCUGAGGGAUUUGAUGGCUCCGGGGAAUAUUCCCAUUAAUAAACAGUUCUUAAUAUC